AUGCAAGUAGGCAGUGCUGCUCCAAACGCCUGUUUCUUGUGUCAUUCUCAGAAACGCAAAUGUGAUCGGCAAAUUCCGGGCUGCAGCCGUUGUGUCAGCAAUAACGUUCCAUGUCAGUACACAUCUUGUGCUACUCAGGAAAAUCCUAGCCAUCAGCCUCUACAACCUAUCACUUGCACUCAAGAUCAUGACCAUUGGAGCUUAGUUAUUCACAAAUCACUUUACUACCUUGAUCAACCCUACAUCGGCACCUGCAGGAAGAAGAGCAUCGACAUUGGUUUCACUUCCUACAUGUUUGACAUCUUGGCAAGCCUGAAUCUUCGAUUAGAAAAUGUUAUAGGUUGCUACGAACGAUGCAUGCACCAAUGGCUUCCCUUUAUUCAUCCCAUCUUCUUGGCACAAAGAGUUGCAUCACUGCGAGAUGAGCCCUGUGCCGAGUUGGCUUCCCUUAUUCUCCAUAUUUUGCUGGUGAAUCCGCCAAAUGUCCCAGAACUGUCUCAGCUUACUGAAAUCAUACCCCUAUAUGUGAACUCCUCUGUUUUUGAAGAAGAGAGGAAGCGUGUGUGGUGGUCGAUUUACUUGCUCGACAGACUCUUCUAUCACUUUGAUGAGAGUUCUGGACGAACCUUGCUCGUUCAGAGCUCUCAGAGCGGGCAUGAACUUCCUGUUGAUGAUGAGCUAUGGAGCAAUCAUACUGGGGUUGGUCCCUGGGAUCCGGAAAUAAAGCUGCUCUCUGACGCAAUGGGAACAACCAUUCCAGGUUUUGCUCAGCAGAUAGAGGCUGUCUAUUUUCUGGAGCAAGUCGUACAAUUAACCGAGAUUCAUCCCGUCUCCAUGAUGGAAAUGACAGACUAUGAUUUCUGGAGAAUUGAGUCAUUGAUUCGAAAACAUACGGUCGACGUUUUGAAUAGCUCUGGAAAGGAUUGGGAGCGACCAUACAGAGCGAUAAUUAUCCUUCUUCUAGCUCUCAUUGAACUUCAUAAGAAGCGGCUGAUGUGCCUUGGUAGCGUCCCAGGCAGACAGAAUAAUGUCCGGGAGUCGUCUAUAGCAGCUCUAGAAAUGGCGUUGAACAUCACUCGUGACAUUACAUGUAUGGACGACAUUCUCAGCAUAAGCAAAAUGCCUUUGGCGGCCGUCUUUUUACUUCAGAAGGCUGGAACGGUAGCUGCCUGGCUGGAAAAGCAUUUCAACCACAUGACCGAGGUAUUGCAACCGGUAACUGAAUCAUUGGAACGAGCAAGCAAGCGGUGGAUAAUCGCAAGUCGGAUUUCAAGAGAGCUUUCCGCGGUCGGUGGAAUUUCCAUGAACGUCUAG